AUGGCAUUCAAGUCCAUUCCACGUUCUGAGAACCUUGAUUUUACCAGAUUCUUAGUGAUACUUUUGUCAAAAGAUUACCACACUCGUCAAGUGGAUAGCAGACCUAAUGUGAUACAGUCUCUUUUGGAAGGAAUCUCCCGCUGUGAAGAACUUCAGCUUCCUCCAUUUGCAAUCGAGUGCUUAGCAUCAAACUUUGAUGCAUGGGCUCAAGGUAUUCAUAUACUUGAACGGAUGGAAGAGCAGACUGUUAAUGGGAAUCCCGAGGUUCAUGAGAUCACUCAGGAUGCUCUUGCGAAAUUAUACGCUGCGCUUAAGGAGGAUGAUACGUUUUACGGUUUAUGGAGAAGAAGAGCCAAAUACUCUGAAACGUUGGCAGCGCUUUCCUAUGAGCAAAUUGGUCUUUGGGAUAAAGCACAACAGCUCUACGAGGCUGCUCAGAUCAAAGCUCGAAGUGGAGUGCUUCCAUAUGGAGAGUCUGAAUACACUCUUUGGGAAGACCACUGGAUUCUUUGCGCCGAAAAACUCCAACAUUGGGACAUUCUUACCGAACUUGCUAAACACGAAGGAUUUUCAGAUUUGCUAUUGGAAUGUGGUUGGCGAGUUGCGGAUUGGAAUACCGACCGUGAAACCUUGGAACAGACAGUUAAGAGUGUGAUGGACGUUCCAACUCCAAGAAGACAAAUGUUUGAAACAUUCCUCUGCUUACAGAGCUAUAGAGGUGAAAAGGAUGUUCUUGACGAGCUCUCCAAAUUAUGUGAUGAAGGCAUUCAGCUUGCUCUCCGGAAAUGGCAUGGGCUUCCACGUAAGUUUGCCAAUGCUCACAUUCCGCUUUUGCACACUUUUCAGCAAUAUGUGGAGUUCAUGGAGGCUAGUCAGGUAUAUGCCAGUUUGGUUUCCACAAACGCUCAGAAUUUGGAUAUUAAAUCGCAAGAACUCAAGCGAGUACUUCAAGUUUGGAGAGAGCGUCUUCCUAACAUUUGGGAUGAUAUCAAUAUUUGGAACGAUCUUGUGACUUGGAGACAACAUGCUUUCCAAGUUAUCAACAAAGUCUACAUGCCCUUCAUUCCAGUACUUCAACAGACCAACUCAGGAGGCAAUGCCAACUCGUAUGCUUAUCGUGGGUUCCACGAGAUUGCGUGGGUUAUCAACAGGUUUGCUCAUGUUGCUCGUAAGCAUGGAAUGGCCGAUGUGUGCAACAUUCAGCUCAGCAAGAUUUAUCAGCUUCCAAACAUUGAAAUUCAGGAAGCUUUCUUGAAGCUCAAAGAACAAGUCAAGUGUCAUUACCAGAACCCUGGAGAGUUGAAUACCGGUCUCGAUGUCAUCAGCAACACCAACUUGGUUUAUUUUGCGACACAACAGAAAGCCGAGUUUUUCACCUUGAAGGGAAUGUUUUUGAAUAAAAUGAACCAAAAGGACGAAGCAAACAAAGCGUUUGCAACAUCUGUGCAAAUAGACCUCAACCUACCAAAAGCGUGGGCCGAGUGGGGUAUGUUCAACGAUAAGAGAUUCAAGGAGAACUCACACGACAUGGUUUAUGCAAACAACGCUAUCAGCUGUUACCUUCAGGCUGCUGGUCUAUACAAAAAUGGUAAGACGAGGAAGCUACUUGCUCGUAUCUUAUGGCUUAUUAGUCUUGAUGAUGCAUCUGGAACUCUCUCUCAAGCCUUUGAUACGUUCCGAGGAGAGGUUCCAGUAUGGUACUGGCUUACGUUUAUUCCACAAUUGCUUACUUCUUUGUCUCAUAAAGAAGCUCGUUUGGUGAAGCAAAUUUUGAUAAGAAUUGCAAAGAGUUACCCACAAGCACUUCACUUCCAACUCCGAACCACCAAGGAAGAUUUCGCGGCCAAGUUGAGACAGUUCAACCGAUCUGCUGAAGAACUUGGGUCGGUUGUCCAGCUCACCACAGACCAAGAGUUCUAUUGCUGA